AUGACCGUUUCUAAUUUGUUCAAAUUCUCAAGCUUUAGACUUUUUGAUCAAUCGAAUUUUUCGCGCUGUAUCUCUUCCAAUAGGUCACUUCGAAAUAUAAUAUAUAAUGAUUCUACUCCUAUUAUAUCAACUACCAAGAAAAAGCCAAUGUUUAUUACAACUCCAAUAUUUACACUUCAUUCUGAUACAAUUAUUAGCUCCUUAUACACAGCAAUUGCAGCAGACAGUCUUAAAAGAUACUAUGAAUUGAAAGGUCUAGAAGUAAAAUUAAGUGUAGGAACUUCUGAAUAUGGUGCACUAAAGGUUAAAAAUGUUUUGGGAAGAACGGAUUUAAAUCUACAAGAGCAGUGUAAAAAUAUAUCUAAUAAGUACAAGAAAUUGUUAGAUGCUGCGAUGGUCUCUUACACAGACUUUAUCCGUACAACCGAAAAAAGGCAUGAAAAUACCGUUGGAUACGUUUGGAAUCGGUUGAUUGAAAAUGAUCUUAUUUAUAAAGAUAAAGUUGAAGGCUGGUAUUCAAAAAAUGAUCGAUUAUUUUAUGAUGAAACUGAUAUCAAAGAAUUUACUCAUCCUCAUAGCGGAAAGAAAUUGAAAGUUACAAAUUAUACUGGACAACCAGUCGAAUGGCAUGUUGAGGAACGAUAUAAAUUCAGAUUAUCUAAAAUUUUACCGAAACUUAUGGGAUGGUUGGAAGACUAUGAAGAAUUCAUUAUCGCUCCUAAUAGUUUGCAUGGACUUAGAAAUAAAAUUAGACAAGGCUUAAUUGAGGAUGUGCCAAUCUCAAGGCCCCGUUGUCCAACAGAUUGGAAAUCGAAUCUUCCUGGAGAAGCGGAUCAAAUAAUUGAUCCUCUUUUUGAUGCUUACAUCAAUUAUUUAACAGUCACUGGAUAUCCUUGGUCUGAAAGGAAUUAUAAUAAACUUUGGCCUGUAGAUAUUCAAAUAUGUCCAAAAUAUAUCCUUAG